AUGUUCAAACGUGCUUUUUGCACUGGGCAUCGUGCCUUGCAACAGGCAUCGAAAUCGCCUGCGUCAAUCUCGCAUCCGGACCCCGAGUUUCUUGCCAAAUACUAUCCGAAAGAAAUCGUCAAGUCCAUACAGCUGGCGCAAUCGGUCAUUCCUCCCAGCACCAAAUUCCAAGUUUCAGAAAAUGUGGAGUUCGCCCCGGGCUACUUGGACGAUUUCUCCAAGAUCGAUUCCUACUGGGAUUACAAACCAGGUACGCCGCAUCUGCAUUCGUUUGACGCUUCCACGCAAUAUACAUUUGACGAUAUAAGUCAACCGCUUCCCAACGGGAGGGUCAUAGCCCCUGGAGCUUCUCUCCCUCGUCCCGACGGAACCAGAAACUCUGCCACAGCUGAUAUCGCCCGCGGCCUUCAACGGCAAACUGGUAUCAACCCCGAUUUCGUAACCCGCAAACUAACAAUGCGUCCAUUGGUGAUGAAGCGGGUCUCGAAUCAAACCGGUAAGGGUAAGAUCCCAAGUUUUUACGCUUUAGUGGUGGUCGGAGACAAAAACGGUAUGGUUGGUUUGGGUGAAGGUAAAUCAAGAGAUGAAAUGUCCAAAGCGGUUUCCAAGGCCCAUUGGGACGCAGUGCGUAACUUGAAGGAAAUUCCUCGUUACGAGAACAGAACUAUUUACGGAGACGUUGAUCACCGCUACCACGGUGUCAAGCUGUUUCUCAGGUCCGUCAAGCCGGGUUUCGGUUUGCGAGUGAAUCAUAUCAUUUUCGAGAUUUGUGAGUGCGCCGGAAUCAAGGAUUUGAGCGGGAAAGUCUACAAAAGUAGGAAUGAGAUGAACAUAGCAAAGGGUACUAUCGAAGCCCUCACAGAGUCCCAGAAGACGCUGGACGAAAUCGCAUUGGGGAGAGGUAAAAAAGUAGUCGAUGUCAGAAAAGUAUACUAUUCCAGCUGA